AGAAUUUGCGUUGUAUAAUUGACCAUGAGAAAAUCAAAAUUAUACUAAAAUGAUGAUAUUGAGGUCAAUUGCCACAACUACCACCGCCAUUGCAGCCACAGCUCUGCCUGCUGCUUACAUCGCUUCUUCCCUUUCUUCUUCUUCUUCUUCUUCUUCUCCUUCUCCGAUCUUCAAACCUUUCGACUUUCGCUUUCUCUUUCCUCAAUCAAUUCUGAGUUCCGGCGUUGGUACUAGAUUGGGACUUGCCAAGAAUUUUAUCUCUCCACCUUCUGCUCUUCAAAUGGAGGAUGCCAAAUCUUCUCAUGAAAAUAUGAAUUUGCCGGACUUAAUGACAGAGUUCAUGGUGGAUAUGAAGUGUGAAGACUGUGUUAGUGCUGUCAAGAGUAAACUAGAGAGUUUGGAAGGUAUUAAGAGUGUUGAUGUAGACUUGAGCAAUCAAGUUGUUAGAAUUCUUGGUUCUUCACCUGUGAAAACCAUGGAAAAUGCUUUGGAGAAAACCGGCCGUAAAGCUCGAUUGAUUGGUCAAGGUUUACCUGAAGAUUUCCUUGUUUCUGCAGCUGUCGCUGAAUUUAAAGGCCCAGAUAUCUUCGGAGUAGUUCGUCUAGCCCAGACACAUAUGGAGUUGGCUAGAAUCGAGGCAAAUUUCAGUGGGUUGCGUCCGGGGAAGCAUGGCUGGUCAAUAAAUGAGUUUGGUGAUCUUACUAGAGGUCCAGCUAGUACAGGGAAGGUUUACAAUCCACCCAUUGAAGGAAGUGGAACUGAGGCCCUGGGUGAUCUGGGAACACUAGAAGUUGAUGAGAAAGGCGAAAGUUACUAUUCAGGAACCAAGAAGAUGUUGAGGAUUGUUGAUUUAAUCGGCCGGUCCAUUGUUCUAUAUUCAUCAGAGGACAAGUCUGAUCCUGGCCUUGCAGCUGCAGUGAUCGCUAGGAGUGCAGGAGUAGGUGAGAACUAUAAGAAGCUUUGCACAUGCGACGGAACUACCAUAUGGGAAGCAAAACCUGAUUUUGUAAGCAAAGUCUAAUUAAAAAUUGCUGUGAGAGACGGUCUCUCCGGGAGACGUAUUAGAUAUAUGAGCUAAAUAGCCCAAUUAAUACAAAUUAAAGAGAAAAAUAAGAAUGUGGGCCUUUUGUUUUGAGGUCGUCUCUUUGAGAGACGAUCUCUCACAAGAGUAGCUGCUAAUUACAAAGGAGAGAAUUUGACAUAGGAAUUACAGAUUUUGGUUAUUUAUUGGAUUUCAUCGAAAGAGAUUAAUAAUAUAGAAGCAAUCCCUUUACAAUUUUGUUCCGUUUUACGAUGAAUCUUGUGUUGUCCGGUUUUCAAUUAUAAUGGUUUAUAGUACAU